AUGGAACAAGAUCCCAACAGAGACUAUGAUCUUACAAUUCCAGUCACGUCCACAUCUGGACUUCGCCAGGGUCUAACAUCCUAUGGAGAUGCCCAUUUCUCUCUCUUUCUUCGAAAAGUUUUUAUCAAGGCACUUGGUUAUUCAGAAGAUGCGCUUUCACGUCCAAUAGUGGGUAUCAUCAACACUUUUUCAGGGUUCAAUCCCUGCCAUGCCAAUGUGCCCCAGCUCAUUGAGGCUGCCAAGCGCGGCGUGCAACUUAAUGGAGGAUUGGCAAUAGAAUUUCCUACGAUCAGUGUCGCCGAGUCAUUCUCACAUCCUACCAGCAUGUUCUUGCGGAACCUCAUGAGCAUGGAUACGGAGGAGAUGAUCCGAGCCCAACCGUUGGAUGCUUGUAUCAUGAUCGGCGGGUGUGAUAAAACCGUCCCUGCUCAGUUGAUGGGUGGCAUUUCCGCUAACAAACCAAUCCUACCACUCAUCACUGGUCCAAUGAUGCCAGGGAGCCACCGCGGCCAGCGUAUUGGGGCCUGUACGGACUGCCGAAACAAUUGGGCCGCUUUUCGAGCGGGUGAGAUUGACCUUGAGGAAAUCUCGGCCAUCAACGAAGAGCUUGCUCCAACGAUAGGUACAUGCGGUGUCAUGGGAACUGCCAGCACAAUGGCUUGUCUGACUGCUGCGUUGGGAAUGAUGCCGCUUCGGGGCGCAACUGCACCAGCAGUAUCAUCUGCGAGAUUGCGAAUUGCUGAGGAAACCGGCGCAAAUGCAGUCGCAACUGCUAAAUCAAAGAGAAAACCACAAGAGAUCUUGACUAAGGAAUCUUUCUGGAAUGCCAUCACAGUGCUCCAGGCCAUUGGGGGCUCGACAAAUGCCGUUGUUCAUCUGCUGGCUAUUGCAAAUAGACACCCAGAACUGCAGGGAGCCAUCACUUUAGAUACCAUUGAGGAAAUUGGCCGCAAAACUCCGCUCUUAAUUGAUCUCAAGCCGAGUGGAGAUAACUAUAUGAAUGACUUCCAUAAUGCAGGAGGCAUGGUGGCGCUGUUGCAGGUGCUUCGACCCCUGCUCCAUUUAUCUGCAGUGACAAUCACUGGGCAAACGUUGGGUGAGGUUCUCGAUGCGUCUCAGUCCAAGCGGCUUUCUUUUGCGCAACAAAUUAUUCGACCGAUGUCGGACCCUUUGUUUCCCUCGUCAUCCCUGGCUGUUCUGCGUGGCAACCUUGCCCCAAAUGGAGCGGUCCUUAAAGUCUCAGCGUCAAAGUAUCGUCACUUACUCUCUCACACUGGAUCGGCCGUAGUGUUCAAGAAUUCGGCCGACCUUGCUCAGCGGAUCGAUGAUCCAAACCUAGUUGUGACGAGGGACAGUGUGCUGGUCCUAAAAAACAUUGGUCCGAUUGGAAAUCCCGGUAUGCCAGAGGCUGGCCUUAUACCGAUCCCAAAGAAGUUAGCAGAGGCAGGAGUCAAGGAUAUGCUACGACUUUCAGAUGGUCGGAUGUCGGGGACGGCGGGCGGAACCAUUAUUCUCCAUAUCUCGCCAGAAGCUGCACUGCCAGAGUCACCAUUUGGCGUGGUGGAGACUGGUGACUUGAUCAUUUGUGAUAUAGAGACAAGGAAGUUGCACUUGGAAGUUUCCGAAGCGGUAUUGCAGACUCGAAUUGAGAAACGCAGACAAAGUCUUGUAGGAGACACACAGGCAAGAAAGCAGAGGAGAGGUUACCGCGGGUUGUAUGAGCGAUCGGUGAACCAAGCCCACGAGGGAGCAGAUUUUGACUUCUUAGCAGCUGGAGGUACCAGCACGUAG